GGAACGGAGAAAUCGCUGAAACAUCCGCGAUUGUUACAUUUUUUACUCUCUUCCUCUCGUCUCUUUCCAACAGUGUCAUUUGUGUUGCGUUUGUUAUCUGCAAAGUAGAAUUAUAGAAACAGAAUUCUAUUCCGCCUACGUUCUGCUAGUAUCAUAGCACCAUGUCCCGACUGACGAGAACAUGUUUACGGGUGCCACGACCAAAGUCGCUCUUCGGCCUCAUUAGCCUGCAGACAGGCACCGAACUCAUCUCGCUAGCCCUCGUCUUCAACAAGGUCACCGGCUUCUACGGCAUCCUCGCCAUCCUGACCGGAUUCCAGCUUUCCGCGCUCCAGCUCUCGACAUACAUUUACUCGCUUGCGGUCCUUGUCGCCCUUAUAUUCCUCCUCCCCCACAUUCGGAAGCAGAGCCCAUUUGAGGCGCUGGCCCUUGCCUGGCUGUAUGCCGCCGAUACGGUGAUCAACGCCGCAUAUACUAUUGCCUUUGGCAUCAGCUGGUACUCCGUGAACAGCGUCUCGGCGACUCCCGAAGCCGACAAGGUCGACGCUGGCGCACGAUCAAACACUCUGCCACGAGCAUUUUCCGCGGCCGAGGACACAGCCAUGAGCAUCGUCUUUAUCAGCUUUGCUACGCUGAUCCGCGUCUAUUUUACGUUUGUCGUCAUGUCGUUUGCGCGACAAGUAAUUCAGAGAUAUCUGCAUCUGUUGGUCCUUGAUGCUCAUGUUCUGGAUGACCAGAAUGGACCAUUUGCGCUGGACCUACCAGACGGCCAGGGCCGCCGUGGACAGAUUGGUCGCUUCAUGAUUUCCAUCUGCCGUAGAUACUGGCUUGCAGUGUCUGAGGGCGAGGAGUGGUCUGGAAACGGACAUUCGCGAAAGGCAAGCUCAUCAGCUACGUUGGCUGGUGAAGUGUAAUUGUGACGCAUCCAGCGUAAUUGGAUAUAUGUUAUAGAUGUGGUUGAGGCAGAAGCUUAGGAGUGUCACGUCAUGGAGCCUCCACAAUUGCUCAUGUAUACGAAAGAGGUGGGCGAUAUAUUAAUAACUGGGAUGCAUCCAACGGCCCUGGUUGUGGAGGCGAAUAUCGGCCUCCGGGUCGUCGGUGCGGCUUGGGCUGGCGUGCACUUGCAGCAACGCGUAAUGCGGGUUGUAAUAGUGACCGGAUGGAGUUUGUUUAGGGUUUAUGGCAUCGUCUUUAUGUUGUUCUUCAUAGCAUUCUUUUGCGGGGGAAAUGCAGCUUAUGGCUGUGGAGAGGGGGAUUGGCUUUAUAUAUUGGCGCGAUUAAUGAUUAUGUCCACGUUCUGUCAAUGUACUUUUUCUAUACCCAGUGCACAUCAAUGAAUUGCCAGAAGUUCUAAAUAGCGACUAGAAAUGGGUUAUGUGGAUGGAGAGUGUUCUAUAUGGCUGCCGAGGGUCCGAGUCCGGCGCGUGGCUAGAGACAAUGGAACGGGCUGGCGACUGGUAAAAGAGCCGCCUAUACGGGUUGCUACAGCACAGACAAAAAGGUGGAUCAGAGCUGGAUAAACUGUGCGGCAUGGAAUGGCAUGGCUUUUCUCUGCCAAUUUGUGGAUUUGUAAGGAGUUUGAGUCGUGUGAUGGGAUGGCGUGCGUCGAGAGCAGCGCAGAGCGAGGGCCCGACACCGCCGG